AUGGAUUCAGCAACCGCGGAUAAGUUGGCUUUGAAGCGAGAGGUUAUUUUUGCGAAAGUGAAAUGGGAGUUGUCCGUCGCACACAACAUUCGCUGUCGGAAACCGUCCGCUGCAGAAGUGCUUGAAAGACGCACUAAACUCACGGAACUUGCUGGUCAUUUCGACGUCGUUCAAACUGCGAUUGAAGAGAAUACGGCCCACUUAGAGGAUGUUGCUUCUGUUUUUAAUCAUCGACUGCAGUUCGACGAAGUGUAUUUUAAGGUUAAGGAUUUGUAUAACCAGUUCCUGGAAGAAUCGCAGGAAAAUGGUUCUGUUUGCAGUGUUAAAUCAGAGGACUAUACAAGUGAUUUACGUGACGCAAUCAAAGCACUGCUGGAAACGCAACAGGCAGUUCUUACACGUCAAAAUCAACCAGUUUUAGAAAAUCCUCCAGUGAACCAUGAGCCGCAGCUUAACGUAAAGCUACCGCAGCUAAACAUUCCCGUGUUUGCAGGGGAAAGGAAAAAUUGGCGUUCAUUCAAGGAUUUGUUCGAGAGCACGAUUCACAAACGAGAUGAUUUAAUGGAUUCCGUUAAAAUGCAGUACCUUUUUUCGUACCUCGACGGAGAGGCUAAAAGGAUGGUAUAUUCGUUCCCGAUCAGUGAUGCCAAUUAUCGCGAAGCUUGGGAAACAUUAGUUGCGCAUUACGAUAAAAAUAAAUAUACGGUGUUUGCACUCAUUAGAGAGUUUGUCGAUCAACCAGCCGCUGGCAACGCAAAUGGAUUGAAAAAAAUAUUGGCUGUUUCUGAUGACGUCAUUCGUCAACUUAAGGCAUUAGGAAACGAAUACGAGACCCGUGACCCAUGGCUCAUUCAUCUGCUGCUGGAAAAGGUAGAUCGCGGUACACGUUCGUUAUGGGCACAGAAAAUAAUUGAUGUCGAAAACCCUUCCUUCACGGAUUUUCUGGAUUUCCUGCAAAAACGCUGCGAUGCAUUAGAAACAUGUCUGGCUUUUGGGAAGAAAACAUACGACACAGUUAAGAAGGAAUACCCAAAGACGAGUGGCAACGAGAGAAAACUGCAAACCUUCCAUGCUGCCGCUACCGCUGUUCCCCAAACUUGUGGGAAAUGUUCAAAGGAUCAUCCGGUGUACCAGUGUGAAUCUUUCAAGGCGAUGGAUUUAUCGGCGCGUCGUGAGCUUGUAGUUUCUUCAAAGUUAUGUUACAACUGCUUGCGCCCAUCCCACACAGCAAAGCGAUGUACAUCAAAAUCAGUCUGCCGUACUCCAAACUGCAAGCAGCGACACCACACGUUACUAUGUAGAAAGGAUGCCAAACCAUCGGACCAGCCGGACGGUGAAAUUGAAAUAAAGCAGCAAAGCGGUGAAGAGUCGUCGAUUUCGGCAAACGCGACGCAAACGGUUAGCUGUAGUGCGGAACCAACCACGUUUUCUUUGUUACCAACGGUGGUAGCUUAUGUUAAGGGACAAGACGGCAAGUCACACGAGGUAAGAAUUCUCAUAGAUUCUGGAUCGCAGGCAUCUCUGAUCACCGAGGCGUGUGCCAAACGCCUUGGACUGAAGCGGUUCAACGCCAAUGUGGAAGUCACAGGAGUCAACGGAGAGGUAGUCGGUACUACAGCCGGCAAGGUCUCGUUGGUGAUUUCAUCGCGAUUCGACGAGAAGGCUACACUUACUACUCAGGCGUAUAUUUUGGGAAAGCUGACGGCAACCCUGCCGUGCCAGCAGUUUAGCGCAUCGAACAUGCCGUAUCUAAAGGGAUUACAACUAGCUGAUCCUCGAUUCAACAAAUCGAGUUCAAUUGAUGCUAUUUUGGGUUCAGAUGUCUUCCUGUCCGUACUUCAAUCGGGGCAGGUCAAGAAUCAAAACGGUGUUCCUGUUGCACAGCGUUCCAUAUUUGGAUGGAUGGUCGCAGGAAAAAUUUGCAAACAAGAGAGUAUACACGCUAAUCACGCUGUGAUCAAUCUUCGUCAAGAUUUCGAUAUUGACCGUACAUUACGACUGUUUUGGGAGGAUCAAGAGCUGCACGACACCAAACCUUUGGUAGAGGAGGAAAAAAGAGUAAUCAAACAUUUCGAUUCAACAUUCACACGUACAAAAGAUGGACGCUUUAUCGUAAGGCUACCGCUGGACGAUUCAGAACACAAACUCGGUGAAUCUUUGACGGCUGCUGUUAAACGCCUCAGAGCCAUGGAACGCAGAUUCCAAAACUAUGAAGGUUUUAAGGAAAGAUACGCAACGUUUAUGCAAGAGUAUGUAGACUUGGGCCACAUGCAGUUAAUUCCUGAUUCGGAAGUAGCAGUUGAUUGUACGAAGUCCUGCUAUUUACCUCACCAUGGAGUUGUUAAGGAAGACAGUCUCACGACCAAACUUCGCGUUGUAUUUGACGGGUCAUGUGUUACGUCGUCCGGAGCAUCACUCAAUGAUUUGUUGCUAAACGCGCCCAAUAUCAAUGCUGAUUUAUUUGAUGUCCUUCUGCGAUUUCGUUCUUUUCCGGUGGUAUUUACAGCGGACAUCGAAAAGAUGUACCGCCAGGUAUUGGUGCAUCCAGACGAUACGAACUAUCAGCGCAUAGUAUGGCGAGAUUCAUCGGAUAAACCCAUACAGCAUUUUCGGCUUUUGACUGUCACCUACGGUCUCAAGAAUUCUGGAUUUUUGGCUAUGGCAGCGUUAAAGAAGGCAGCGGAAGUGUUCGAGAAAAAAUAUCCUGAAGCUGCUGAACGAAUUAGGGAGCACACCUACGUCGAUGAUCUGACUUCGGGAGCUGAUACUGACGAAGAGGCAAUAGAGUUGAUCAAGCAGAUUAACGAGAUCCUACACCAUGCUGGUUUCAUCUUGCGGAAGUGGAGUUCGAAUUCAACAACGGUUUCCAGCUCACUUUCAGAUGUCAACGUUAAUGCCAAACCAAUCAAAUUCCCGGACGAGCGGAAUUCAGUGAAGGCGCUUGGUACUCAUUGGUUACCCGAAGCUGACGUGUUUACUUUUAAGAUUAAUUUGCAAGUUGAUGGUCCCAACACAAAACACCAGUUGCUGUCGGACACUGCGCGGUUGUUUGAUCCGUUUGGAUGGUUUGCACCAGUUAUCAUUCGUGCAAAAAUUCUUUAUCAACAAUGUUGGCUUUACGAUUUGAAUUGGCAUGAUGCAUUACCUCCGUGCAUCGGAGAUGCAUGGGAACAGAUGAAACAAAAUCUUUCACAACUCGAGCAAGUUAAAAUUCCCAGAUGGAUGGCAAACUUUAAGAGUCAAAUUGAACUGCAUGGUUUCUCAGACGCUUCUGAGGAAGCAUACGCCGCAGUAGUUUAUUUGAGAAGGGUUAGCGAAAAUGGUCAAAUUAGAGUUAGCCUGAUUGCAGCUAAAACGAAGGUGGCACCGGUUAAACAAGUCACGAUCCCCCGUCUCGAACUAAAUGCAGCAGAACUGUUGGCUAGGUUGAUGAAACGUAUAGCAGGACCACUCGGACGUUUUCAAAUUCAACAGUUUGCAUGGACUGAUUCUACCAUAGUCUUGCAAUGGCUUAGUAACCACCCACGCAAGUGGAACACCUACGUAGCAAACAGGGUGUCCACGAUUCUAGAUAUUUUGCCUCGUCGGCAUUGGGAGCAUGUAUCGUCACACGAAAAUCCUGCAGAUUGUGCCUCACGGGGUAUAAACCCUUCAGAGUUAAUCAACCAUCCACUUUGGUGGACAGGACCUCCUUGGCUAGUAGAGGAUUCCUCAACAUGGAAACACAACGUUAUUGAGGAAGAAUUUAACGAUGAUAUGCUUGAGGUGCGUAAACGAUUUCAAUCGCUCAACAUACUGGUAGCACUCCCAAGCACCAAUUACGUGAUAGAAAGGCAGAUACUUGAUCGGAAGUCUACUUUGAAUGCAGCAUGUCGGCAGCUAGCAUUCGUGAAGCGUUUUAUCGCCAACAUGAAGGCACCGAGAGUUCAAAAACCCAAACAAAAUGGUAUGAUAACGCCGUCUGAGUUGCAUGAGGCCAGAAUACAAUUCGCAAGGUUGGCACAGUGUGACAUUUACGAGAAGGAAAUCAACUGCUUAGUUAACGGUCGGGAAGUUUCUGUGAAAUCUAAGAUCAGUGAUAUGUACCCAUUUCUAGAUAACGACGGAACAAUGCGAGUUGGUGGUCGAUUACAACACUCCAGCCGUCCAUUUCGCAUUAAGCAUCCUGUAAUCGUACCCAAGGAACAUCGAUUUACAAAGCUGUUAGUGGAGGAACUACAUGUUCAGAAUUGUCACGCCGGUCCAUCGUUGUUGACCGCAACAAUCAACCAGUACUACUACAUUAAGGGGUGUCAGGACGUAGUGAAACAAACUGUGCGUAACUGUGUUAAAUGCUGUCGCUUGAAGGCAAAAACGGCUCAACAAUUGAUGGGAAGUCUUCCAGCGGCGCGUGUAACGGCAUGUCGUCCAUUUGCCCAUGUUGGGGUGGACUAUGCAGGUCCCAUUUUAGUUCGCUCCAGUAACACUCGAGGAGAGAGAUCAAUGAAGGGAUAUAUCGUCGUUUUUAUAUGCCUAUCGACCAAGGCGGUGCAUUUGUAG